GCUGCUCCUCCUUGACUAUGGAAGAGACAGUGGUGAAGAAAGGCUUGCUCUACCUGCUCCAGCACCAGACCUUUGGGAAGAAAUGGCGGAAGUUCUGGGCUGUCCUGUACAGGGAAAGCGCGUGUGCCCCGGCCCGCCUUGAGCUCCUGGAGUCGGCGGAGAAAGCCAAGAAAGGGGACAGCAGCAGGCGCCUCAUCAAGUUGGAGGACUGUGUGCAGGUGGCUGAGGCAGGUGGAGAGACCGGCAGCCCCAAGGAGACAGCGCCUUUCUUCUUGGAGACCACCGAGAAAUGCUACCUGCUGGCUGCUGAGAAGGCCGAGGCAGAAGCCUGGAUCCUGGAGCUGUGCAAGCAUGCUUUCACUAGAAGCACUGAAGACUGGAAAGUGAUGCUGGAGAAGGAACUGCUGAAGGGCAAGGCCACGUCUCCCACUGCUCUCUCCAUGGCAGAGAAUUCCCUGUACAGCACCACCUGCAAAGCUGCUGAGAGGCAGUUUCCUGUGGCCGUGAGGGCAACCGAGGCUUCUGAGCGCUGUCAGAUCUGGGGCAUGUUCUUUCUCUGUGCCAAAGCGGAUGCCUUGGAGCUGCGGGACAAGCAAGCGGGGGAAGUGAUCUACACCUGGCCGUACAAGUUCCUGCGGAGAUUCGGUCAUGACAAGGCCAUCUUCUCCUUCGAAGCUGGGCGGAGAUGUGCCUCUGGAGAAGGCAGCUUUGAAUUUGCCACCAAGCAGGGCAGCGAGAUCAUCCAGGUCAUUGAAGGCGCCAUCAAUGCUCAGAGGAACUCCACCUGUGCAUCUUCAGGUGCCACCCUUCUUGCCGGCGCAGCCAGUCCUGCCAAGCCUGUCGAAGGUGCCCAGGGAGGGAAAGCCACUGUGCUGGUAGAAGGGCAGUCAUUCCGUACUGCGGGCACCAAAUCCCUCUCCUUCGAGUCCACCUGGCAAGGAAGACCAGCGAAGGGCAGGUUAGUCAAGCCCACGGCCAGCUGCCCUCUCUCCAGCACCAACUGCCCCUACAUGGAGGGGUCUGAUGACCACCCCAGGCGAGAACCCCAGCAGGAAUCAAUGUCUGAGUACUCGGAGCCAUUUGAUGCCAUCUCCAAGUCGUUGGGAAGCUCAGGUGGCAGCUGUUUCCCCCUGCCUAGCGCUGAGGAGCCACCGGGGGCAGCGGGCCUGCAUGCCAGGACCAGAGGGUUGGGCCUGUCCCCUGCCUCUCUGGGGCUCCACCACAUCUAUGAUGACCCAGAGGGUCUGGCCCACCUGGUGUACGAUGAGCCCCAGGAGUUCGCGGGGGAUGCCUGGAAGGUGCAGGCCACUCCUGAGGACCCUAUCGGCCACGAAUACCCCUACAACCCAAGCUUGGAUGACUACUCUGUGCCUAAGAUGGCGGCAGCGUAUGCCCCCGUGCAAGAUCAAAAUGGGCUUGGAGAAAGUGCAUAUGAUCAGGUGAUCUUGAGCCUCAAGAACAAGAAAAAUGCACAGUGAAAGGAGAGGAUGGAUGGAAUGAAUGAAUGAAUGAAUGAAGGGGUGGAUGGGAAAUGAGAGGAUUGCUUUGUUUCAUUUGUUGUGGGAGAUGAGCCCGGGUGCAGCCUCCCUGCCUGCUCUCCUCUCAGAGCUCAAGUACCGUAUUUUCCGCUCUAUA